GGAAAUCUAACAUAAUGGAUGCUGUUAGUUUUGUGAUGUGUGAAAAGACAUCUGCAUUGCGAGUUGAAAGCAUUCAACAGCUUAUUCAUGGAGCACAUGUUGGGAAACCAGUUUCCUCCACAGCUAGUGUGAAGAUGGUGUAUUGUGAGGAUGAUGGGGAAGAAAAAACAUUUUCAAGAGUUAUCCGUGGUGGGUGUUCUGAGUUUCUUUUCAAUGAUAAAUCCAUCAGCCGAUCUACCUACAUAGCUGAGCUUGCCAAAAUAGGCAUCCUUGUCAAAGCUAGGAAUUGUCUUGUUUUUCAGGGAACAGUAGAAUCAAUAGCAAUGAAGAAGCCAAAGGAGAGAACUCAGCUUUUUGAGCAAAUCAGUAAUUCAUGGGAAUAUGCUGAAGACUAUGAAGAAAAAAAGAAAAAAAUGCAGCAAGCAGAAGAGGAUGUGCAGUUUAAUUAUAAUAAGAAAAAACAUAUUGCAGCAGAACGCAAGCAGGCAAAGAUGGAGAAAAAGGAGGCAGAGCAUUACCAGAUGCUUCUCCAGGAACUGGAUGAAGAAAAGAUACAACUGAAGCUCUUCCUGCUUUAUCACAACGAAAAAAACAUUGACUUUUUAAGAAGAAGCUUGGAUCAGAAGAAUAUGGAGGCUAGCAUGAAGAAGGAGUCUCUUUCUAGAGCAGAAGAUGCAUUUAGAGCCAAGAAAAAAGUGCUUGGUGUACUAAACAGAGACCAACAGCACAUGGAAAAAGAAAUGAAGACUCUGGAAGCAUCACUGAUUCAGCAGAGACCCCUGUAUAUUAAAGCAAAGGAGAACACUUCUUACCAAAUCAAGAAAGUAGAAAUGUCUAAACAGUCUUUGAGGGACAAGGAGAAGUCUUGUGGUAAGGAAGAGCAGAGCAUAAAAGAACUGGAGACAGAGCUGGAGGAUAUUGAGAGGGCACGGAGAGCUCUGGAGAAGAAAGCUGAAGAGAUACUUCAGAGAGCAGCACAUAUUGAGCUGGAAGAAAGCCAG